AUGUCCUUCACAUCGAUUCCCUCUACGUCUACGACCACAACGACUGAAAGCAAGCAUUCAAAAGUGCACAAAUUCGCCAAACAAGCACAAAAACUGUCCCGAGGUGGAGCAAGGGAUGAGGAACAGCGCGAGGAAAAUGUUGCUAUUGCGGCGCGAUUCGUGACGCCGCGGGAUGCGAUUAUUGAGACGGUGGAUGGGGAGAGGCUACCCGCUGUACCGGUUGAGGAGGCCAAGAAAUUGAAUCGGUUGAGGGACGAGGCUGUUGAUGGUGAAGAAGAAGAACUGGCGCCUAAUGCUGGAAAUGAGGAAGAGGUCGAGACAAAAGAUGCAGUCAUCGAAUCGAGACGAGAGUCCGACGAAAGAGAACAGUCUCCAGAAUCACACGGUGGACCGUUAGAAUGCGUAAAACCUCCCGCGCAUACGCAUCCAUUAUUCCCACCCGUGCCGCUUUAUGGCCCUUCCUCGCUUUUGCGGACAUUGCAGUGUCAGACCUUUCGGGCUGUGUCGUUUUGUCUUUCGCUUUCUUUUUUGGGCAUGAUAUUAAUGGGCGCUUGUAUGAACGGGUUUGCUCGAGGGAGGUAUUUGGAUGCUGAGAGGCCGUUUUAUAAAGAAGAGUUGGAGAGGGAGUCUGUUAGACGAGAAGCUGCGAAGAGAUGGGAACGCAGACAAAAGACCAACACGGAGCAAAUGGAAAGAUCCAAGGAGCAAGAAAGGAUUAGGAAUGCUGAGGAUCCGGAAUCGGACGAUGAGUAUCCUCCCCUGGAAGGCGGGCGGGAUCCUAUUGUUUGCGAUAUUGGCUACUACGCCAGGAGAGUUGGUUUGGAUGUUGAGGCCUUCAAGGUCCAAACAGAAGACGGAUUCAUAUUGACGUUAUGGCAUGUCUAUAAUCCAAAUGAAUAUACCCCGUUACCCGAAACUGAGCGAGACUUCAGACAACCAGACGUAUUCCGCGAUCGAAAAGCGAGAGAUUUCCCAGCGAAAAAUGGUCGGUACCCAGUCUUGUUGAUACACGGGUUACUUCAAAGUUCAGGCGCAUACUGUGUCAAUGACGAAGACAGUCUUGCCUUUUUCCUCUGCAAGGCCGGAUACGACGUUUGGCUGGGUGAUAAUAGAUGCGGGUUCGAACCUCGACACAAAACCCUCAAAUACUCCGAUCCGAGGAUGUGGUGUUGGAAUAUCCGACAUAUGGGCGUCCUCGAUCUGCCAGCAUUCAUCUCGAGGGUCCUUUACGAAACCGGAUUCGAAAAAUUAGGUCUCAUUUGCCAUAGUCAGGGCACCACCGAGGCCAUGGUCGCUCUAGCAGAGGACCAACGACCUGACCUCGGUGAGCGGAUUUCAAUAUUCUGUGGCCUUGCACCAGCUGCCUACGCCGGACCAUUAAUCAAAAAGGCGUAUUUCCGCUUCAUGCGAAUAAUAUCUCCCAGCGCAUUUCGAGUAUUCUUUGGGAUUCACGCUUUUAUCCCUCUUAUGAUGACGAUGCAUAGUCUCCUCCCCUCACGUCUCUAUGGCGCAUUAGGAUACAUGAUAUUCUCGUAUCUAUUCGACUGGAGCGAUAAACGCUGGGAUCGAGGAUUGCGCGAUCGCAUGUUCCAGUUUUCUCCUGUUUAUGUUAGUGCCGAGAGUAUGCGCUGGUGGCUUGGACGCGAUGGCUUCGCGGUUCAGAAAUGCAUUCUUGCCACUGAUGAGCAGGUUCUUCGCGAAGAUGAAGAAGAUCUCCAGAUUGACGAGAAUCAUAUCGUUGAUUCCGACGAUAUUGCUGAAAUUUCUAGCGCGCCUGCCUCUACUUCAUCAGACAAACAAAAAACAGCAUGGUACGGUCCGCAAACGCCACCUUUUGCAUUCUGGGUCGCGGGUUCGGAUGGAUUGGUCGAUGGCCGAAGACUCCUGCGUCGAAUGCAUAAUGGUAGAGAACCGCAUGUGAAUCUUGUGCAUGAAAAGAUUAUCGAGGGGUAUGAGCAUUUGGAUGUUCUGUGGGCUAUAGAUGCGAUUGAGCAAGUGAGUAAGGAGGUUGCGGAGGUUGUGUGGAGGACGGUGCCGGAGAAUGAGAAGGGGAAGUGCCGAGUUCCAAGGUUAUGA